CCUUGUUCUUCCUUCGCAGCAAUCCCUCUCUUACUUUGCUCUGUCGUCCGGCGCUAUUUCCUCUCCUCCUCUUUAUUCCUGAAUUGACAGUCUUGUGCUGGCACUGACUUUACUUUGCCCAUUUCACUCAUCUCUUCACAGUGUGAGUGUAUACCAGGAGUAGGUCCUCUCUUCUCUUCCUAAACGUAUAUUUAUAAGACAUAGGAAGUGUACUUGACAGAAGCUGGCAAUAAUGUUAUCAGUUGCAUCCACACUCAGAGGCAACAGAAUUACCUUGGCUAGCGCACGCACAAGCUCUUUAAGGACUCAGCUCGCUUUACCUAGAAUAGCCAGGAAUCAUUUACGAUAUAGACUUCACUCCACUGCAGCAGUUGAGGAGAGCUCACAAUCUAUCACCCAUACCACUGUUCCGAUCAGCCAAGCUCGUGCAGAGACGAACCAAAAUCUUCAUUCAUACUCUUCAGCAUCAGGAAAACUUGAACCUAUCCGUAUCAUUCGCUUGCCAGAAGCUAAAUCUCAUGAGCCUCGUGAAUCCGGCAAGUUUGGAGAUAAUCAACUAUCUGAACAGAUGGCUGUUAUGUAUGCUUGUAUAAACACAGGUGACAUGGAUCGUGCUCGCCGCAUUUUCGUGACGCUUCAUAAGAACAAUCCUGAAGAUAUGCUAGUCCUUGGAGAUAUUAGAAUGCACAAUAGUUUCAUGGAGAGUUACAUGAACGCUAGUCCUAGUCCCAGAACUAAGGAGGCCUUGAAAUGGUUUGAAUCACUUUCAAAGUAUAAAGUCAAACCCGACUUGACCAGUUUUGCUAUUCUCAUCAAGGGAUUUAUCAAGAUGGACAGCAUGCACACAGCCAAAGUCAUGAUGAUGGAAAUGCAAAAAGCUGGGUUUACCCUUGACGAAUUACGACAGUGCCCCGACUUACAAGCAGAGGAUGUGGAUAGGAUUAACAGUGUAGCGGGUAUGCUUAAACCCGCUUCAGCACGCCUGAAGCCGUUGACACCUGUAUCAUCUGUGGCGCCAACUACCCCUAAAUCUGAGUUUAAAGAAGCUAUUCCUGUUCAAAACUCAAACAAUGAAACUGUUAUUGGAGUUCGAUUCAUGAAGGAUACUCUAGAAACCCUUAAUCUCAAGGAGCUCACUCCCUUUGAGCGCCAGAUGAAGUUAGAAGAGCGGUCCUAUCAAUCGGCCAUCGACAGGAUGGAAUAUGAACGAGAGAGCAUUCCAGAGCAACUAAACGUUCGUCCCCUUAGGACUUAUUUGUGGCAAUGGCACCAAGCACUCAAGGCCGGUAUCAGAGCGGAAAUAAAGCGUGUAGAUGCAGUUUUAGAACGGAGGUCACUUUCGGAUGAUGCCGCUCUAGACAAGGAUCGCAUGUUAUAUGGUCCUUUCUUGAAACUUCUCUCACCUGACAAGUUGUCUAUCAUCACUAUCUUGGAGCUUCUACGACUCAACAACUCUGGUGGCAUUAUUGAGGGUAUGAAGUCUGCCCGUGCUCUGAUUGGCAUUGGCAAAGCCGUUGAAUCAGAGUAUAAUGCUGAGCAGAUGGCGAAAAAGUCUAAUAAGGCACUGUUUGAUCAAAAAGUCAGUGUCCAUCAACUUUAUGGAAGUGGAAAACUUUUUAAUAUUGCUGUUCGGAAAGCAGAGACAAAGAGAUCUUCAACAAUGCACCCUACAGAUUGGACACCUGUAUGGCCGGAAACUAUGAGGGCUAAGGUCGGCUCCGUCUUGACGACUCUUUUGAUGGACUGUGCUAAAGUUCAGAUCCCAAGUUUUGACCCUGAAACAAAACAGAAGAUUGUGGAGGAGAUCCCUGCCUUCUAUCAUUCAUAUCAAUACAACAAAGGCCAGCGCAUUGGUGUUAUCAAGGUUCACAAUCAUAUUUCUGAAAUUUUAUCCUCUGAACCCAUUGGAAGUUUAAUUCAUCCAAGCAUGCUUCCAAUGUUGGUUCAUCCUCGACCCUGGCUGGCAUACAAUGACGGUGGAUAUCUUACUGCUCAGUCUAUAAUCAUGCGUAUCCGCCACUGCCCUCAACAAUUGGAUUACCUUAAGAAGGCACAUGAGGAGGGUCUCUUGUUCCGCGUUUACAAUGGCUUGGAUGUUCUUGGUAAGACUCGCUGGGCAGUCAAUAAGAAGGUCCUUAAGACUGUUUUGGAGGCAUGGAACUCUGGAAAGGAGUUUGGAAAGAUCCCUGCUGCAGCGGCUCAGGUUGAGGAUCUGCCCAAACCAGAUGAUUAUGAGACCAAUAGCAAAGCCAAAGCUAGGUGGCUUUUCGAAAAUCGCAAGAUGAAGAUGGAAGCUAAGAACCAUCACAGUUUGCGAUGCGAUGUCAACUAUAAGAUCGAGAUUGCCCGUGCUUUUGCAGAUGAACCCAUGUUUUUCCCACAUAACCUAGACUUCCGUGGACGUGCUUAUCCUAUUCCUCCUUUAUUCAACCACCUGGGAAACGAUCUGUGCCGUGGUCUACUUCUCUUUGAUGAAGCUAAGCCCUUAGGCCCUAAAGGAUUCACUUGGCUAAAAAUUCAUUUGGCUAACUUGGCAGGUUACGAUAAACACUCACUUUCGGCACGUGCAAAGUUUGCCAUGGAUCACCUUGACGAUAUUUUCGACAGUGCUGACAAUCCAAUGGAAGGUCGCCGUUGGUGGCUCAAGGCAGAAGAUCCAUGGCAGUGUUUGGCUACUUGCAUCGAGGUUGCAGAAGCGGUUCGCAGCGGUGAUCCAGAGAGCUAUAUGAGCAGAAUCCCUGUACAUCAGGAUGGUACUUGUAACGGUUUACAGCAUUAUGCCGCUCUUGGAGGAGAUAUCGCAGGUGCUCAGCAAGUCAACCUGGUCCCAUCUGAUGCGCCUCAGGAUGUCUAUUCGGGUGUAGCUAAAGCUGUGGAGCGUAUUCUUGAGCAACAUGCUGCAGAGGGUGUUGAGAAUGCAAAGAUUCUACUUGGCAAGGUGACCCGCAAAAUUGUGAAGCAGACCGUCAUGACUAACGUAUACGGUGUGACCUUUGUGGGUGCCCGUGCGCAGAUCGAAAACAGGCUUAAGGAAACUGAAGGAAUCCCCAAAGAAAAUGUUCAUGCACUGAGCACGUACUUGACUCAACAGGUAUUUGCAUCUAUCGGAGAAAUGUUUACAGGAGCCCGUGCCAUUCAAGAUUGGUUGGCGGAAAGUGCUCGUCGCAUUGCAAAGAGCGUGCCCAAGGACGUAGUUGAUCCAGAGACCGAUGAGAUCCAAGAAAGUUUAACCGUCAAGGGACGUAAGAAGAAAACAUCCAGAAAGGCCAUUGCAGACCAACAAAUGACAAGCGUCAUUUGGACUACACCACUGAACCUUCCCAUUGUUCAACCUUAUCGCAAACUGGAGCACAAGCAGAUUCGAACCAACCUGCAACAGUUGACCAUUAAGGAUCCCUCACAAGCAAGCCCUGUCAAUGUUCAGAAGCAGAGGACUGCAUUCCCACCUAACUUUAUUCACUCUCUGGAUGCUACCCAUAUGCUUAUGUCGGCCGCCGGAUGUGUUGAGGCAGGAUUAACGUUCGCUUCUGUGCAUGAUUCUUACUGGACUCACGCAUGUGAUGUUGAAAUCAUGAACGAGGUUCUGCGCAAGCAGUUUAUAUUGCUGCAUAGCAACAACAUCAUGAAAAAUCUCGAAAAUGAGUUUAUGGAGCGUUAUAAGGACUACUUGUAUCCUGUUACAUAUAUAAUUGCUGGCCCUGGCGAGCCUGUCGAAGAAGGCAUGAUUGCUUGGGACGAUGAGCGUGUUCACCGCAAAAAUGCCAGGAUCGAGAGUAGUAUUUCUGGUACAGAGUUUGUGCCUGACCUUGAGGCACCUGCAGAUGAGCCUAUGACUACAAGCUCUGACCGAUCUGCAAAGAUCAAGGAAAAUAACAUGUAUCAUUUUGACGAUGAUGAGGAUGAUGAGCACGACUUGUCGGGUGUGGUUAUUGAGGAAGACGCAGCAGAGCUAGAGGCAGAGGCUAAGGCAAUGGGCAAAGCACUUCGUAAGCGCGGUGGAAAGAAAACAAGCAAGAAGUUAUUCCAUUCAUGGGAGUCCAUCUCGUUCCCACCAUUGCCAGACCGUGGUGAGUUUGACGUGGCCAAGGUGGCCGACUCGGACUACUUCUUCUCAUAGGACAGCUAUAGGUCCAUGGCAACGCGCUUUAAUUGGCUUCCUUAUUCUGCCCUGCAUUCAUUUUAAUAUUUUCUGUUAUCAUUAUUUCAACAUCAGCAUUGCUCAAUGUUACCAUUUCACUAUUGUUAAUCCACCCUUUAUAUCAUGUAUUUUUAUCUCACACAAAAAUAAAAGUCAU